GCCAGCCGAUGAACAAGUCGGCCGUGUACAACCAAUUCAUUACUGUUACUGAUCGUCAUGGCGAACAGAACCAAUUCCCAUUGUGGUACGUCGACACUCUGAUAGUGGAUGCCGUCGUUCAUGGCAUCAUUCCAGGGGUCCAAUUCGGCGCCAGUCUGAUCCUCUUUCUCGUACUGGUUCUUCUCUCCAAGCACGACAAGCGACGCUCGCCGGUCUUCAUAUUCAACACGGCUGCCUUGUUCUUCAACAUCAUCUACGCCCUGUUGCAAUGUUGCAUCGUGACGAGCAGUUGGUGGGACAUUUAUCCCGUCCUCGUGGGCGACUACGGUGUGGUGACGCCAGCAGCUCAACGUCUGACGACGGCUGUGGCGGUCUUCGUCGCGCUCGUUGCUUUGUGCAUCGAGGUCUCGUUGGUCCUGCAAGUUCAUGUGGUCAGCAUCACGCUGCGGAUGUGGCAGAAGCUGUCUAUCCUGGCAGUCUCCUCGUUCGUUGCCGUCGUGGCUAUGGGCUUUCGUAUCGCCCAGUCAGUGGUCUCGCAGCACGACCUGGCUCGCAAAGGCAAAAGACAUCAGCUUGACACUGAGCAUCUGCUUCUUCAGCGCAAUCUUUUGCGCCAAACUGGGAUUAACAUCCCCAAUGUCGGCACAAACAUCCUGACGGCGACUUGUAUCUCGCUGCCACUGACGUCUAUUUGGGCCGCCUCCCACGCUUCCUCGCCUUCCAAGGCCGCCCGUGGAAACGACUUUCAUCGCAAGUUCCUAGUCGACUCAAGCACUGCCGACUCCACUCUUCGCAAGCCGAGCGACGCACCUCAGUGGUCGCCAUCUCAAACAACAUCACAACCAAGCGCAAGAGAAAGGCUGGGUGUGCUGAACAGUGUUGACAGUAGGUCUGAUACCAGCAGCUGGACCAAGUACAGCCCAGGCCCAAGACCUACGAUCGGGGUGAGAGAUGUUGACCGUGAUCUGGAGAUGCAGGAAUUGAAAGAGGGGGAU